AAAACUAAUACAUGCUUUUUGCUGCAUAGUCCUGUGCAUUUAUACAGGGCAUUUGAAAUCCCUCUGCAACAUCCUCUGCCAUUUGUGGUACCGACUGUUUGACUGGUACCUGUUAUAGAUACAUAUUAUAAUAACGGCUUUUCACAAAGGUUAAAAUGGAUUUUGUAUGUGUAAUGUUAAAGUAACAUUGUUAUAAAGAUACAGUUUUUAUUUCUGUUGUUAAUUAAGCUUAGACAUAGUAGAGAAAUAGCUAUGUGUGUAUUAAAAUGCCUGCUUGGAUGGGAUAACAUCCAAUUAACACAGGAUGAGGACAGCUACUACAGAUAUGCCAACUAUCAUCACUCACCGUCUGCAGACAGUGUAGACCACAGGAAGGGAUAAAGAGAAGGAGCCAAAACCACAGCCAAGAAACACAUAUGAUAUAAAAAGGCGGACCCGAGGAGGGGCCAUGUAAAAUAGUUCCUGGAAAAUGUAAACUAGUUAUGGAUAUGCAUAAGGAUCUAUGAAUAUGCAACAGGCUGGUGUGAGGUAUUUAAGGAGUAUUUCCUCCGGCAGCGCUGCCCUCGGGGCCCGCCGCUGACACCUCCGUGCCCGCGCUCCCGGCAGCUGCCCCGGCACGGCCCCGGCUCCCGCUGCGCUCUGCCCUGCGCUGAGCCCGCCCGGCUGCAGCCGCACGCCCUGACUGCACGGGCCUGAGAUGGGACACAACAACUGCAAACCCCAGCCCGGAGACCUGAUCGAGAUCGACCGGCAACGGCAUCAGCACUGGGCGCUCUACCUGGGGGAUGGAUAUGUCAUCAACUUGACACCUGUAGGUAAACAGGACCUAGAGCUGGGAGUCCACAAUAUGCCAAUAUUCAUCAGAAAGGUGAAGAAGCAGCGCCUGAAGGAAGUAGUGCAAAAAAAUAAAUGGCGUGUCAAUAACGAGUCUGAUCGGUACCACACCCCUCUCCCAGUGGAGGAGAUCAUUCAGUGUGCUGAGCAUUAUAUUGACCAGGAGUUGACAUACCAUGAGUUUGGUAGCAACUGUGAGCACUUUGUGAAAAAACUCCGCUGUGGUGGCAAGCUGGGGGCUUUUGUAGCAGGUAAAUUGCACAUUCUUGAUGUGACAGAAGAUGAGAAGUACCCCAGCCCUGGGGACCUGAUCGAGAUCAAAAGGGGGCUUUACGCGCAGUGGGCCCUCUAUGUGGGGGAUGGAUAUGUCAUCCACGUAACAGCUAUAGAUGAAGAAGCCCCAUUCCUGUCAGCCAGCAGUGAGUCAAUGCACACUGGAAAGGCCGGGGUUAUGAAGGAGCUCCUGGAAAAGGCAGCUGUAAAUGGUGACUGGGCUGUCAACAACAACUAUGACCGAUACCGCGCUCCUCUGCCCGUGGAGGAGAUCAUCUGGCGUGCUGAGGGCUGCGUUGGCAAGGAGCUGCCGUGUGAUGUGCUCAGCAGAGGCUCUGAGGAUUUUGUGACACAGCUCCGCUAUGGUGGCCAGCUGAAGGCUUUUGUACAUGGAGAAAUGUACAUUCUUAAUAUGACAGAAAACAAGAAUUACCCCAACCCUGGGGACCUGAUCGAGAUCGAGAGACCGGCGUACCAGCACUGGGCCCUCUACUUGGGGAAAGAAUAUGUCAUCCAUGUGACUGAUACAGAUGAAGGAGCCUCAUCCCUGUCAGCCAGCAGUAGGACAAUACUCUCUAGAAAGGCCAUGGCAAAGAAGCAGCUCCUGAAGGAUGUGGUGGGAAAUGAUAAAUGGCAUGUCAACAACAAGUAUGACUGUCACCGCAUUCCUUUCCCAAUGGAGGAGAUCAUCCGGCGUGCUCAGCGCCAGAUCAAUAAGGAGGUGCCGUAUCGUUUGUUCCUCAAGAACUGCGAGCACUUUGUGACAAUGCUGCGCUACGGAGAAGGAGUCUCUGAUCAGGGCAAGAAAGCACUUCAGAAUUUAAAUUCAAUUUCUUCUGCAGUGUCAGCUGGGAUAGGAGCUGCCAGUUUUAUUGCUGUGGCUGGCAUUCCUGUGGUUGGUCUUCCUCUUAUGGCCUGUGUCCCUUUUGUGGCUGCUGGUGGUGGUGGUCUUCUUGCCAGUAUUGGUUUUGCUUCCAGCAAUAUUGCUCAUUCCUUAACUUCUGCCAAAUUUGAAAAGGCAGGGAAAGAUAUACUAGAACAGAGUUGCUGUUAGGAAGAGGUCAAGCAAAGCAUGGAGUUCCUGAUCACUGUUCAGCUUUUGCCACAAGUGUAAUGGAGAUAGCAACUGCUGUGAUAAUUAAUUCAAAGACUUAUUAAAAUGUAAAAAUCCAAACUCA